CCAGCACAAUCAAUCCCUAAUUUUUCCCACUUUUUUUACCCUUUUUGUCAGAACCAUGUCUCGACCUCUUACUGACCAGGAGAAGCGAAAGCAGAUCAGUGUUCGGGGUUUAGCUGGAGCAGAAAAUAUUUCUGAUCUCAAAAAGAAUUUCAACCGCCACUUACACUUCACACUUGUGAAGGAUCGCAAUGUGGCCAAUCCCAGAGACUACUACUUUGCCUUAGCCCACACAGUGCGCGAUCAUCUGGUGGGGCGGUGGAUCAGAACACAACAGCAUUACUAUGAGCAUGACCCUAAGAGAAUUUAUUACCUUUCUCUCGAGUUUUACAUGGGCCGGACACUCCAGAAUACCAUGGUGAAUCUGGGUCUUGAAAAUGCCUGUGAUGAGGCUACUUAUCAGCUUGGUCUUGACAUGGAAGAUCUGGAGGAGAUCGAAGAGGAUGCUGGCCUGGGAAAUGGAGGCCUGGGAAGACUUGCAGCCUGUUUUCUGGACUCAAUGGCCACUCUUGGGCUUGCAGCAUAUGGCUAUGGUAUCCGUUAUGAGUUUGGAAUUUUCAACCAAAAGAUUAGCAACGGCUGGCAGGGGGUUUGCCGGUCAUCUGGGAUCGAAGCCUGGCUCAUUUUGAUUGAGGUCACGCGAUCUACAUUGUCGGUGGACAGGUGGAUACAUCUGUCAGUCACCACCCCGCAAGCGAUUCUGAACACCCUUUCCGAUAAGAAACUUGUAGCUGGGCAAGCAAGCACAUCUAGUGCAUGUUCUGCAAACUAUGGCCACUGGUCCAUCUUGGUCGCCCACUUGUCCAUGGAUCUGGAGCGAGAGCUGACAUGCUCAUUGGCCAUCAUAGACAAGCGGUAG